UCGGAUCGAUAAGGCUGGUCGCUCUAGAGGGGUAUACACUAAUUGCGUAGUGUUCGUUAGGUGGUAUGGCCUAUUUUAAUUAAAUGAAAAAUGGCGUUUUUACGUUUAAUCGGUGGUACGUAGACCGGACCGCCGUUUCCAAGAUUAUGGGGGUCACCAAGGGUAUGGGAUUUAUGGGCAUAGUGUUUUUACGGGAUAAUUAACGUUUUCCUGCGAGGAGGCGACCACCAUUUUAUGAAGGAAUAACAAGGGUUUGAUUAAAGUCACCACCAUGGACCAAGAAGACCCUCCGCCCCCCCGCGUCCCUUUUCGCCUCCCAUUCGGCCCCAAAAGCGAGAAAAAGAGGCAAAAUUCCAUUAAACCAGAUUUUUCCGCCUACAAACUGGUUAAUGCCAAAGAGGUGGUACCCCAGAACCAGAAGAAAAAAGUCAUCACGGAAUUCCUCGCUAGACGUCCAACCUAUCCUGGACCCUCGGCACCCAUCAGAAGUACCACCCCAAUAACGAUUCCGAAACCCCUCAUCGUCAACCGACAAAAGAAACAAAUCGAAAAACCGGUCACGUCGAUCGCUUCUUACUUGGAACGGGACACCAUAGAGAAACAACUGGAAAUCCUGGAUCAGCUCGAUCCCGCCUCCAUAAGCGAGAUCAUCUCCAAGGUGAUGGUGUGCCUGAACAACUCGUGCGGCGACUACUUAGAAAGGGAACUGGUAAGUGUACUGGGCGUGGCCAGCUAUACGGCAUAUGGGCGUGGCAGCAACAUGAGGGACGUGGUCAAGUGUCUGAUCAGGCACAGGCUCGAAAGGGGCCGCGGGGCCUUUUUCAGGCUCGAGCCGUCAGACUCUGCGGUCGUAGCUGGCGAUCGGAUCACCGUCACCAAGUUGGAGGAGGAGACCCUAACUGGAAGUACGAAUGAUUGCAUUAGUGAGGCCGAUGCUAUUAUUUCGAACGCCAUCCGUACACUGACCACGAACGAGACCGAAUUAGGAUCGAAGCCCGAAUUGCCCGAUCAUUUGAUUGAUGAUUUAUCGAGCGGUUCAUCGGGUCUGGAAGCAAAAAGGAACGAAAACCACCCGCAAACAGCAAAUGAGUCGACCACCAACGCCUUUCCAGUGCAACCCGGGUGGGAUCUAAAUAAUAUGACCAGGAAUUGCACCGUAACCUCUCAAGAAGCCAUUGAUCUCGAGCCAACUGUUGCAACACCCGAAAACGUUGACGUAAACGUCACAGUCACUGAAUUUCCUGUAAAAAACACUAAAAAGUCCCAAAAAGUGACGAAACCUGGAAAACCGAGAGCCACCAAACAAGAGUCGAAUUUAGAAAGAAAACGUCAAUCGACCCCCAGUAAGAAACGAAAGUCUUCAAGCGAACCAUCAGGGACAGAGUCUGACGCUAAAAAGCUGUUCCGGGACCACGAUUAUGUCACAAGUAAACCGGAAACGCCUUUAAUUAAUUUAAAUCAUGACUCUUUAGUGGACUAUUUUAAGGAUUUAAGCAGUCGAAUGUACAUCAAAACGGAUCCUGAUCCAAAACUUAAUAAACUGGAUCGUUCUAAUGACAUGAAAGACGACAUGACAUUGGAGAAGCUCGAUAGGGUCCCCUCGAGACCCCAAGACUCCAUAAACGCCCACGUGAAGAUCCUGCGAAGAGCCAGAAUUUCCGAUAUUAAAUUAAGGUCCAAUGACCAACUGAACAAACUGAAUAUAAUAAAAAUUAAGCGUGAAGAGCAAGCAGAGAAGCCGGAGGUAGCACUGCAAGAUUUCCCGAAGCCUAAAGUUGCUUAUUUGGGCGUAAUGAGUCGUCUUGGAGUGGGAGUGAGUGAGGAACAACUGCCUGUAAAAGAGAGAGAGAUUGCUGCGUCCAGUCGUGGACAAGAGAAGGAAAAUUGUGAUCCCCAGAGUUCUAAAAAGGGUAAACUAAUCAAUCCAGGGCAUUUGAAAUUAUUUAAACCCCAAAAGGUGAGAUCCCAGAACCCUUCGGUUGCAAAACAAAACUUUUACAAAAGGACCAUGGAGAAACUGUGUCUCGCAACGGUAAAUAAGAACGCAAAAGUUGAUUUGGUCAAAAGCAGUAUAAAUCAAUCUGAUCAGGCAGUACCUAAAUGUGUCGAUGAAAAGGGUGUAGAACCCUUAACCGUUGGCCUCAUUAAUAAGGAACCUCUUAGCAAGCCCUCGACCUCAUUUGAACCAAACAAAUCGAAAAAAGAUGAUGAUAAUAACGAGGCAAAUAGUAAGGAAACUUUAGAACAAGACUCGACUAAAGUUUCUUCUUUUACCGUUAAACUCGUGGGAGAGUCGCAGACGGUUUUUGAUAAGGAAACUCCUCUUGAUACUCCUGGUUCAGUUAGGGCAAACAGUUGCAUAGAAAAAUCAACUAAAACUAAUGAAGAAAUUCGUCUUGGUUCUCCAGAAGUUAAGACUCUUAUAGAAGAAUCAAUUGAAAAAAAUGGAAAAACUCCUCUUGGUACUGCCGAACGUUUUGCAUCAGUUAAGACAAACUCCCACCCGAAAGAAUCGACCGAGAUUAUUGAAGAAACUUGUCUAGGCUCUCCAGCAACUCUUGGGUCACUUAAAGCCAAUGGUGGCACUGAAGUAUCGACUGAAAUUAAUAGAGAAAUUCGUCUUGCUUCUCCCGGAACCGUUGCUAACACUCACGUGCCAGAAUCACUACAUGAAACUUGUCUUGGUUUUCCGAAAACUCGUUCAGGUAGUCACUUGUUCACUCGCCUUGAUUCCAAAAAAACUCUUGGGUCAGUUAAGACAAACACUCGCCUAGAAGAAUUUACUGAAUUUAAUGUAGAAACCUGUCUUGAUUGUCCUGAAACCGUCGGAUCAGUUAAGGCAAACACUCACUUGAAAAAAUCAAGUAAAACUAAUGCAGAAACUGGUCUUGGUUCUCCAAAAGUUAGGAAUUUCAUGGAAGAAUCGAUUGAAAUGAAUGGGAAAACUUCUUUUGGUACUCACCAAAGACUUGCAUCAGUUAAGACAAACUCACGCCUGGAAGAAUCGACUGAAUUUGUUGGAGAAACUUGUCUAAGUUCCUUGGAAACUCUUAGAUCAAUUAGGGCAAACAGUUGCUUAAGAAAAUCAAUUAAAACAAAUGCAGAAAUUCAUCCUGGUUCUCCGAAAACUCUUGGUUCAAUUAAGGCAAAUGGUCGCAUAGAAGAACCGACUGAAAUUAAUAGAGAAACUCGUCUUGGUUCUCCCGGAAUCGUUGCUAAGACUCACGUGCAAGAAUCAUUACAUGAAACUAGUGGGGAAACUUGUCUUGGUUUUCCGGAAACUCUUAAGGCAAAUAGUCUUAUGGAAAAAUUAAGUAAAACGGAUGGAGAAACUCGUCCUGGUGCUCCUAAAACUUUUAAAUCAGUUAGGACAAACACUCACCUGGAAGAAUUAACUGAAUUUAAUGAAGAAAGUCGUCUAGAUUGUCCCGAAGCCGUUGAAUUAGCUAAGGCAGAUAUGAAAAAAUCUACUAACUUUGAUGUCUCUAUUAAAGGAAAACUACUCAUUAAAAAACCGGGGGCAGUUUCUAAUGAGGAAAGUUCUCCGGAAACUCUUAAGGGAAACACUCGCCUGGAAGAAUCCACUAAAUUUAAUGCAGGCACUCGUCUUGGUUUUCCGGAAACUCUUGGAUUAGUUAAGACAAACACUCGCCCGGAAAAAACAAGUAAAACUAAUGGGGAAACUCGUCUUGGUUCUCCGGAAGUCGUUGGAUCAGCUAAAGCAGAUACUGCCAUGGAAAAAUCUCAAUCAACUCACUUUGAUGUCUUUAUUAAACGAGAACUUCUCAUUGAAAAACCGAGUACUAAUAAGGAAAGUUCUUCGGGUGAAAUUAAUGGAGAAGCUCGUCUUGGUUCUCCCGAAACUGUUGGAUUAGUUAUGGCAAAAACUUUCGUAGAUGAAUCCAUUGAAACUAAUGGCGAAACUGGUCUUGGUGUCCUAAGAACUGCCGAGUCAGUUAUUGAAGGAUCUAAUAAUGUGCUCAAUUUGUCAAUCAAUAAGGAAACCUGUCUUUCAGCCUUGAAAAGUAUUGAUUCCGAUCAGGCUGAACCUGUUAUAAGCGAACCAAGUGAAAUGCCAACUAAGAAAGACGCUGUUAAUGAUUGUUCGCCCCAAGAAACCAAUUCAGAGAAUGUCAAAACUAAUCUUAACGAUUCACCCGAUGCUCCAGAACCAUUAACACAUGACGCCUUAAAACCUGAAAAAUCUCUUAGAACCAAUUUGGAAACCACCAAUGGAGGGAAUGUCCUUCCAGAACCACAACUCGACGAAUUAAACUCAAAUACGCCAUUAAAGUGUGGAAUUAGGCGCAAAUUGUGCAUCAAUCUCACUAACGAAACGUCAUCUCUGAUUAAAGCGGAAAAUUCAAAAAAGACUGAAACGAACCCCUCAAGUAUUUCCAACGAUUGCUUCGAGAAUUUCAUGAAGCAACACUUCGUACUGCUCGAGGACAGUGAUAAACCCUCCAAAGAGGUUAUAGAUGCCCUAAUGGUGGAGUUCCAAGGAGAACUCCCGUGUACCCGGUCAGGGCAUAACUGUUCGGACAGGGUUACUUUGGACAUGGAAAUGCAAAAACUGGUCAGCAAAUGGCACUACUGGGCCAGCAGGAAAUCCUUACUGGAUAAAAUCUCCAAGACGUCAAAGAGGAUCCGUAAGAGCCUCUAUAAGGAGCGGCGCACUUUGGACCAAAUCGGGAGGAGUUUUAGUGAAAUCACUGAGAGAUGCGAGGAUAAGGGGGCGUCCAAGAAGGUUUUGCAACAAAACCUUGAGUGUUUGAAUAAGAUCGCUUACGUGCUAAAUCGGAAAGAGAUAGAGUGUUUGGAUGGGUUGGAAUUCGGACAGAGAGCGGAUGAAGUGGAGUCAAGUCCAAUUGGACCUACGCAGAAACCACUUGAACCAGUAAAAUUCACUGAAAAUGUCCCAUCAGAUAAAAAGACGAUUGACGAUGAAACUCCUAAGUCAAGCCCAAGGAAACUCAGACUGAGGAGCGCUAAAGGUUCAGUGAGUGAACAACAGCCCGAUACCACCCCAGUAACUACGCCUCCUAAGCAGUACAAUUUCCGUCAACGGACCCCAAUUGUUACCAAAAAGGAUAAUUCGUUAGAAAGCAAGAGAACUAAGAGGUUAGAGAGUAAAGGAGAAAUGGAACUCUGUCCCUCUAAACUAACGAGGAAAUUAUCUAAGUUGGUUCAGAAACGGUCUUACCCUCUAAGGAAUAGGGUAAAGGGUGAGAAUUUGGAUGCGAAGAAGGCGAAGUCAAUUAAGAAGUGAAGUAGAAGACUUGGUUCAAUUUUAUUUUAUCUACAUAGAAGUAAUGUAAAGUUAGAUAGUUUUAAGAACGUUCACUCGGAAGAACCUAAAAAGGAUUAAAUAAAUCAGAAAAGGCUUUUUCAGGUGUAUAUUUUGGCCAGCGCUGAUUUAUUUCCUAGCAAAAUAAGGUAAAUUUAAGUCUGUUAUGUUUUAAUUGUUGAUAUACAUAUAUUUGUACUUUGACCAAAAAUGUUGUUUAGUUAGUUAAUAAUCUUCAUUUUGGUUGGCACUAGUCAGAUUUUGGUUUAUAACCGUUAGGCGUAAGAAUCAUAGGUUAGAUGUUAGUUUUAAUUUGGUAGAAGGCAGAAAACAGAAAUUGAUCAAAAAAGGCCUUUUCAGUUUGUACAUUUUGGUCAUCACUGAUUAAUUUCUUAGUAGAUAAGGUAAGAUAUUUUGGAUAGCACUGUUUUUUUUUGUAUAAAGUUUUUUAUUUAUUUCCUGUUAUAAAAGUGCAGACAUUUGAAAAUUGCACAAUUUGGACAUAACUGUUUAUCUUUAUUGUACAUAUCACAUUAGGUAUAGGAAUCGUAGGUUAGAUAUUAGUUUAUAAGGCAUCGAGAGGUAAAUUUUGGCAUUUCACUUUGGAGAAAAUCAGAAAAGGCCUAUUUAGAUGUACAUUUUGGUCAGCACUGAUUUAUUUCCUAGCAAAUAAGGUAAUUUUAAGUAUUUUUUUUAUAAUUCUUGAUAUAUUGUCGAAACUUUGUCAUUUUCAUCAGCAGUUUAAACAACAGGAAACUGAAAAAGGUUUAUGGUAUGUUUUGGUCAGCGUGGUGGUUUAUUUUCUUGUAUGUGCUGAGUCGAUUUCUUUUUAACCAUAAACUCGUACUUCCACCAAAUUAAAUUGAAUUUAACUUUUAGUGUAACGUUUUGUUUAUUUUUUUUAAAUAACAUUAAGUGUAUAAAUUACGUGUAUUAUUAGAUAUUAAUUCUAGAGCAGUAGAAGAGGCAAUGUAAUAGAAAUUAAUUAGAAAAGGCCAUUCCAGGUGUACAUUUUGGACCGCACUAUUUUUUUUUUGUAUUAGGUUUUAUAUUCAUUUAUGCUGGUAAAUGUACAAAGACAUUUUAAAGUUAUAUAUUUUGUUCAUCACAAGUUUAUUUCGUAACAGAUAAGGGGAUUUUUAACCACGUUUUUUGAUUUUUGAAAUAAUGUUUAAAAAUAUGGGGAAAAGCGACCGUUUAAAGCCAACUUGAAUAUUAUUUUGUAAAAUAUCGAAAUGAAUCAAAAGAAGUUGUACAGUUUCGUCACUGGGUCAUUAUUAAUAUUAGGUCUGUUAUUUUAUAGUUUUCAUCUAAUAAUUCUCAAUCAUAGAAAAAUUUGUACAUUUUACUGUAGAAACCGAUAUGAAAAUCUAGUUAAAAAAAUGAAUUAGAAAAUGCCAUUUUGGUCAGCACUGGUUAAUUUUUCUUGUACAUAAUUAUUAAGUAUAGGAAUCGUAAGUUAGAUAUUAGUUCUAAGGUGUUUUUUUUUAUGAGGAACUGAAGGAUAAAUUUUGGUCAUCACUGAUUCAUUUCUUAGCAUAUAAGGUGAUUUUAAGUCAAGUUUUGAAAUGUUGCUGUAGGAAUAAAACGAAAUUCGUGCCUUAAAUACCGGAAUAAAUCUGAAAAUAAUGUAGAUAUUUAGCACUGGUUCAUUCGCUCGCAUAUGUUAAGUUAUAUUUAUAGUUAGAUAUAGAAAUCGUAGGUUAGAUAUUAGUUCUAACGUUAUGAGGAAUUGGAGGAUAAAUAUUUGCAACAAAACCGAAGUAAAUCAGAAAAGGCCUAUUCAGUUGUACAUUUUGGUCAUCACUGGUUCACUUCCUAGCGGUUAAGGUAAUUUUAAGUUUUUAAAAUUAAUUAAUUUGUACUUUUCCCUUCGGCUCAUAAUUUGACGUACGUUCUUUGUACAUCAAGAAUGUAGACAAGGCGAUGUCCUAAAAAGAAAAACUUUGAAUCAAAAAUGGAUCAGAAAAUGCCAGUUUCAUUUGUACAUUUUGGUAAGAACUGGUUCAUUUUUUUUGUACAUAGUUAUUAAAUAUAAGUUAAUCAUAAUUUUUUGCAAGUAAAAAUUAAAAAAAAAAGAUAAAAAAUUCGAGGAGUAAAAACUGAUAUGAAUCGGAAAAGGCCAUUUUAGUUGUACAUUUUGGUCAGCACCGAUUCAUUUCUUUGUACUUAACAAUUAGUUUUAAGAAUUUUAGGUUAGUUAUUAAUUUUAUGAUGGUUCUUCCAGAAGAAUCUAAAAAGUUUAUUAAACUUAAGAGGAAAAAGCGAAUAUAACCGAAAUGAAUCAGAAAAGGCCUUUUCACUUGUACAUUUUGGUCAUCACUGAUUUAUUUCCUAGUACAUAAGGUAUCAUUAAUUUGUUUUAAAUAUUUGUUAAAAUGGAAACCAAAGUAUGUAUGUACGUUUUGGUAAUCACCAGUUAAUUUUUUUAUAUAAAUUAAAUUAGACAUAUAGGAGUAAAAUAAGGAUAUUCUAUAAGUCAGACAAAGUGAUUCUGCUGGUGCAAGUUAAAUAAAUCAGAAUGCCCAUUUUGGCCAGCUAUGAAUCACUUUAUUACUUGAAACGAGAAGUAUUAUUAGGUUACAUUUUUAGUGCCGCAGGUUAUUCAGCUGCGGUGCGUGACUGUUUUAAAGUAUUAACGGUGUAAGUUCCUUUAAAUGCUUAGGAUUUUAUUUUUUUUUUUUAAUAGAUCAAGAGAACGGGAAAUGUUUUAGUUUUUUACGCCAAAUAUGCUCACUUGAUCUAUAAAUGUUACGGAAUUUUAUUUUUGUUUUUUUUUUGCUUAUUAAACUUUUAUUUGUAACUUUA